AUGGCAAGAGAAACAUUUGGUCGUAUUCAAGGCGGAGUACACAAUACUGGUCGCCUCUGUUCUGUGGUUCUUGGAGAUUGGAAUAAACAUAUGGGUCAUACAAAAAGUAGCAUGUAAGUACUAGUAGCAUGCUAGCAGUUUAGCCAGUUAGAUUGACCCUGCAUUGCAAUUAACAUAGCUCGCUAGCUAACAGCUAGUUUGCCAUCAAGCCUCUGUAGUGCCACCUGUCGAAGUGAAUUUACAGCCACAGCGUGAUUACGUUCCCUUCCUUGUGAUGAUGUUGCCUAGUAUGAAUGAAAUAUGUUUUCAGAAAUUGUGGCAAGUUCUGUUGCCAGCACAACAAUGUGUAAGAUACACAAAACCUGGAAUUUCAAAGCAACGAUGGUAGCUUGUUAAUCUAGUCUACUGUACUUUUGACACAGUUCCUACAGUUUCCCUUUUCUUGUUUAUGAUUUUUUUUUCUUCUUAGCAGUAGUUGCUUUUGAUUGUUCCGUCACCUGAUUCUUUAGGUACCUUCCACAUCUUUUACCCAGUUUGUUGAAUGCAUAUUUUAAGUUAUUGCCAAUGCCACCUGUCACUCAUUGGUGAAUGUCUUCUCGUGCAGACACAGAGAUCGACUGGAAGGCGUAUAUGGAUGAGGUAGAGGGAGUCAUCAACGGUACCUACGACUACACCCAGCUCAAAGGAGGCACAGGCCCUCUGGUGUAA